CUCACGCCCCCAUCAGGACACUCACAGAGGAACACGUUCAGGAGAACAACAUGACCAGGACUGCCAGUGUUUAAUGCAGAUGAUCAAACCUGCCUGUCAUUGUGACACACCCUCAUCAGUUAAAGCCCUGAUAACAUGCUGCAUAAAAUCUCAUAAAAUCUCUACACAUUUCUACAGAUCCUCAUCAUUUCCAACACGAGAACAUCAUCAGAUACUUAAGAAAAAGAGAUGGCUGGAUAUGAAGACAUAAAAGACAAUGAUUUGCAGAAAUGCUCCUUACGCUUUUCAAAGGAUCAGAAGAUUUUCAAUGACCCCAUUCAUGGACACAUGGAGCUGCACCCUCUGCUGGUGAAGAUCAUCGACACUCCUCAGUUUCAGAGACUGAGACGCAUCAAACAGCUGGGAGGAGCAUAUCUGGUGUAUCCGGGCGCUUCUCACAAUCGCUUUGAACACUCACUUGGUGUGGCGUAUUUAGCAGGUUGCCUAGUGAAGACUCUUCACAACAAUCAGCCAGAGCUUAAAAUCACCAAACAGGAUUUUCUGUGUGUUCAGAUCACUGGACUGUGUCACGACUUGGGUCACGGUCCAUUUUCUCAUGUAUUUGAUGGCCUGGUUAUUCCUGAAACCAAAAAAAUUAAAAAAUCUAAAGGCUUGCCUGAUGACAUCCCUGAAAAGUGGAAGCAUGAGCAGAUGUCAGUUCUAAUGUUUGAUGACAUUGUGAAGAGUCUGAAAGCUGAGAAUGAAGACGUGUUGAAAGAACAUGGACUGGACGAUAAAGACGUCACCUUCAUUAAAGAGUUAAUCGAAGGGGCAAAAACUUCAGAGUGGACACACAAGGGCAGAGAUGAAGAAAAAUCCUUCCUGUAUGAGAUUGUGGCAAAUAAACAGAAUGGCAUCGAUGUGGACAAAUGGGACUAUUUUGCUCGAGACUGUCAUCACCUGGGCAUUCGAUACAGCUUUGACCAUCAGCGUCUGCUGAAGUUUGCUCGAGUCUGUGAAGUGAACGGAAGAAAACACAUCUGCUUCAGAGACAAGGAGGCUGAUAAUGUUUAUGACAUGUUUCGCACCCGAUACACUCUCCAUCACCAGGCCUAUCAG